UGUGUAACUCUUGCUACCUAGCACAGUUUGUAGCAGCAUUUAGAUUGCUCUCAUUUCACCCUCACAUUUUUAGGGAAAGCCUUUUGGUGCAGUAGUUGAAAUGUGGGCUUGACAGGUUGUUGGAGUCAUACUGGAAUGGACGGUCACCUCAUGGUUAUUUCAUUUACCUUUGCUUCAGUUUCUUUUCUGAGGGAGCAAAGAUAACUGCCUGGCAGUACCAUUGUGAGGAUGGGUGUGAUUAACCAAUUGGGAUUAUUGUAAUAGUUUAGGGAUUAGGGAGGAGGAAGUUGUUUUAAGGUCUUGUGCUGAGCAGGUGUACCCCAAGGCUGCUUCCUGGUAUUACACAUAGCUUCACACCUGGUUUAGGCACCUUGGUUAAUAAUUUGAAAAUUCCCUGUUUAAUGGUGCAUUUCAACACUUAGGACUGUUGCCUUUGCCUAAUAUUUACACUGAGUGUGACUGUAGCAUUGUUUUUCUAAACCUGGUCCUUUCUGCGUUGAGGGGAUACGCAUAGGCAGCAAAAGGGCUCCCAGGCAACAAACUGUGCGUUUCUAAUUGUAUAAUACAAAAUAGGAAGAAUUACUUAUGACAGUCAUAUGUAAUGAUGGUCUAUGUUGUCAUGCAGACAGUGUUCAUUUAAUGAAUGUGUUUUUUGACAUAUGAGCCUCUGCAAGACUGUAAGGUUUUUUAGAACAAUGUAUUUUUUUUAAAGUGUGUGUGUGUGUGUGUGUGUGUGUGUGUGUGUGUGUGUGUGUAGCCUGCCAUUUGUCUGGGGCUCACUGUGUGCUUGGGCUCUUGCUGUGCUUUUAAUGGGCAUCUUCAUGUUAUGACACCCUAAUCAGUACCCUACUUUAGUACUUGCUCAUGGUCUCAUAACUUGUGAGAAAAUCAGGACGCAUGCUGUGUUUAGUUCUGAGCCUCCUACGUAUGUUCCUUGUACCUGUGCAACAAAACCAUAGAAGAUACUAAAUAACUGCCUUUUGAAUAACAAGGAAUAAGGACAAGAACUUGAGGAAGACAGCAUAUCAAGGAACUUAAAGGCAACCUCUCGGCUUCUAGUAAAUUACCCAGAGCCCUUUCGUUCUGAAAUACUGGAUUAUCUCUUUAAGCCAAACUUUGGUGCCUCUUUGCAUAGUUUAAAAGUGGAAAUAGGUGGUGAUGGGCAAACAACAGAUGGCACUGAACCUUCUCACAUGCACUAUGAACUAGAUGAGAAUUAUUUCCGAGGCUAUGAGUGGUGGUUAAUGAAGGAAGCCAAGAAGAGGAACCCUAACAUUAUACUCAUGGGGUUGCCGUGGUCAUUCCCCGGAUGGCUGGGCAAAGGUUUCAGUUGGCCUUACGUAAAUCUUCAGCUGACUGCCUACUAUAUUGUAAGAUGGAUUUUGGGUGCCAAGCGUUAUCAUGACCUGGACAUUGAUUAUAUUGGGAUUUGGAAUGAAAGACCGUUUGAUGCCAGCUAUAUAAAGGAAUUAAGAAAAAUGCUGGAUUAUCAAGGUCUCCAGCAAGUGAAAAUCAUAGCAAGUGAUAAUCUCUGGGAGCCAAUUUCUUCUUCCAUGCUGCUAGACCAUGACCUCUGGAAGGCGGUUGAUGUCAUAGGAGCCCAUUAUCCUGGAACCCACACAGUGUGGAAUGCAGAGAUGACAGGGAAGAAACUUUGGUCGUCUGAAGAUUUUAGCACCGUCAACGAUGAUGAUGGUGCAGGCUGCUGGGGUCGCAUAUUGAAUCAGAAUUAUAUCAAUGGCAAUAUGACCUCCACAAUUGCUUGGAAUUUGGUGGCUAGUUACUAUCAAGAAUUGCCUUAUGGGCGAAGUGGACUGAUGACAGCCCAGGAGCCAUGGAGUGGGCAUUACGUAGUAGACUCUCCUAUCUGGAUAUCAGCUCAUACAACUCAGUUUACUCAACCAGGCUGGUAUUACCUGAAGACAGUUGGCCAUCUAGAGAAAGGAGGAAGCUAUGUAGCUCUGACUGAUGGCUUAGGGAACCUCACCAUCAUCGUUGAAACCAUGAGUCAUAAACAUUCUAUGUGUAUACGGCCAUAUCUACCAUAUUAUAAUGUCUCACACCAGGUGGCUACCUUCACUCUAAAGGGGUCUUUGAGAGAAAUACAAGAGCUCCAGGUGUGGUACACCAAGCUUGGAGGACCAUCGGACAGAAUUCUCUUUAAACAACUGGAUUCUCUAUGGCUCCUCGACAGCAGUGGCAGCUUUGCCAUGGAUCUGCAGGAGAAUGAGCUGAUCACACUCACCACCCUCACCACAGGUCGCAAAGGUGGCUACCCUCCUCCUCCCAAGUCCCAGCCCUUCCCGAGAAGCUACAAGGAUGAUUUCAAUGUUGAUUACCCGUUUUUUAGUGAAGCUCCAAAUUUUGCUGACCAGACUGGAGUAUUUGAGUACUACACAAAUCUCGAAGACCCUGGACCCCAUCAUUACACACUGCGCCAAGUUCUCAAUCAACGACCUAUUACCUGGGCUGCGGAUGCUUCCAGCACGAUCAGCAUUAUAGGCGAUUACCACUGGUCCAACAUGACGGUGCAGUGUGAUGUUUAUAUAGAGACCCCUCAGAGAGGAGGGGUCUUCAUUGCCGGAAGAGUGACUAAAGGUGGCAUUUUGAUUAGAACUGCUACAGGGAUUUUCUUCUGGGUUUUCGCAAAUGGAUCUUACAGAGUUACAGCUGACCUGGGUGGGUGGAUCACAUAUGCUUCAGGACAUGCUGACAUUACAGCAAAAAGAUGGUACACACUCACCUUAAGCAUUAAGGGUUAUUUCGCCUCUGGCAUGUUGAACGGCAAGGUCCUGUGGGACAAUGUUCCUGUGAAAUACUCAAGGAAUGGCUGGGCUGCGAUAGGAACACACACCUUCGAGUUUGCGCAGUUCGACAACUUUCACGUGGAAGCGGCUCGCUAGUACUCACAGGGCAUCAAGACACUAUUUGGAUUUUCUAUUUUUGAGUUUGACUCAGGGCCAGUUUUGAUGGACCUAUAAUAUGAGCCUUGGAGGCUAACAAUUAUGAAGAGUAGAUAGGGAAAAUAGUACAUUUUUCCCAGAGCCUGUGAAAGAUUGAAUUAGAACUAAUUCCGGAAGGAAUGCAGGUGUCUUUGGCAUUGCCUGUGCUAGCCCUUAAGAUCCAUCGUUUGUUAGUCCCAUCCUUCAGGAGUGGUUUGGGUGGUUCCUGCCUUGCAGUCUUGGCACAAAUACCAAGGUAGUUCUCUCCAUAUUGUUUGUAAAUGAUCAUGCAGAUGGCUGGGACCUGAGAACCUCAGAAGUGCAUUUGUGAGCACUGACGUGUGUCUAAGUGAGUUGAGGCUUCCUUAGAAGAUGCUGAUGCUUAAGAGGAAGCAGAUGAACACUUCAACAGAUACUCUAACAGGCUGUCCUCUCUCUCUCUCUCUCUCUCUCUCUCUCUCUCUCUCUCUCUCUCUCUCUCUCUCUCUCUCUCACACACACACACACACACACACACACACACACACACACACACACACACCCUCUCUCUGCCUCCCUCCCCCUGUAAUGAUGCUUUUGGAAUUGUAUGAAAUGAUGGUGGGAUGCUUUGAAAAAUACCUCAUUAAUAAACUAACUCCAAAGCUAUUUUGCAGUAUUAAAAAUAAUCAGGUUAAGUUGGGUUGUUUGUAUUCUUUAAUUAUCUCACUUGCAACUUUUAACUCUUAUCACCCUUAUAACUGUCUUGAGAACAUUUCUCCCACAUAAGCCAAUGCUGUAGGUGGGUUGAGCAGCUUUCCUGUGCAUUUCUUAGGCUUUUGCCGUAUGUCCUCAAAGCUGGCUCUGGAAAAUGAAUGCCUUCACGUCUAUAUAUGUGGCAGGAGGGGACACUUAGCCUUUUACUAGCUCAACUGAAUUGGGUCACCUCCUAAUGUUUCUAUGGCUAGAUGCACUUAUUAUAUUCCAGUGUUAAAUGUUGGUAAGCAUGUUUCUCAUUAGUACGUUAAACAUUAAUGUAACUCUUAGAAACAAAUCAGUUUUUCAUGUGGGUAAAGUGAAUUCUGGAAUUCUUUAUAAGGAAAAAUGACUGAUUGAAUUAAUUGUACUACAUGGGAAUUUGUAGCAGUUUAACACUGUUAGAACUACAAUGAGAUUUUGUAUUGCUUUUGAAAACUUGAAGCUAAUUACUGGUAUAAAUCAGAUUAAAGAAAAAUUAUAUUAAAACCAAGCCUAAGUGAUUUAUAGUAUAGAUUUUUAAAUAUUUUUGAAAACAUGAAAUUUAUAUAUAAAAGAAUAUUCCCAUUUUAAGUGUGUAGUUUGGUGUUUUGAUAAAUGUAAAGAUUCCCUUGUAACUAGCACUCCAAUGAAGCUAUUGACUAUUUCCGUCACUCCAGAGGGUUCUGUUACACCUAUACAAUUAGCUAUGAGAAGAGUUUCAGGCAACCAUUGAUAUUUCUGUUGCUAAAAAUUUGUUUGUUUUGAAAGCGUGGUGCAAGUGACAUGAUGUGCUAUUCAUUCUUCUGAAUGGUUGUUUUCCAUCAGCCGAACGCUGUGAGGUUUGUCCAGGUUAUUGCUUGCCGAAGUGAUGCGCUCCUUCGUAUUUCUCAAGAGAACUCCAGUGGACGGCUAUACCACAGUUUC